UCUUCUCUCAAACAAUUUCAUUUCUUCAAAAUUCCAAAGUAUAUUAUAAAUUUAAUUUACUCUAAUUAUGGGUAAAAUUCAUCCAGAAAAUAUAUCUUCUCCUUCUUCUUCCUCUUGUUCAUCUCCUUAUGUUACAUCUAAUAGAGAAACAUUUACAAUAUGGAUGAAAUCACUAGUUUUUCAUGGAAAUGGAUGUACUGUUUUUAAUUCCAAAGGUGAACUUUGUUUUAGAGUUGAUAAUUAUCAAGAAAGAUGUAGCAAUGAAGUUUUUCUCAUGGAUCUAAAUGGACAAGUUCUCUUCUCCAUCAAAAAAGAGAAAUUGAGAGUCUUUGGUAGAUGGAAUGGAUAUUUAUGUGGUGGAUUUAAAGGGAGGCCAUGGUUUCAAGUGAGAAAAAAUUGCACAUUUUCAAGAGGAAAUGUGAUAUGUAAUGUGAAUUUGGGCAAUGAAAAAUCAAUUAAAAGUUGCUACAAGAUUCAAAAAUUGGACAAGAAAUCAUCAUUUAAAGUUACAAAUACUACUGGAGAAAUUGUUGCUGAGUUAAAACAAAAGCAAUCGUCGAGAGGAUUUGCAUAUGGAGAUGAUGUAUUGACUCUAGAAGUGGAACCCCAAGUUGAUCAAUCGCUAAUUAUGGCAUUAGUGACAGUUUGCGGCUUAAUUAGUCGCAAAUUAUGAUCAAGAAAUUAAUUAUAUGAAGAAUUCAAGAAAAUUUAGAUAUAAUACAUGGGGCUCUUCCAUUUGAACCACCAUUCUGACUUUAGAAUGUGUUGUGUGCAUUUUAAUUUUUAUUUGUA